AUAUUUCAUCAGCUUGAUGUGGCAGAUCCAUCUAGUGUUGCUUCACUUACCGAAUUCGUCAAGGCUCAGUUUGGAAGGCUUGAUAUUCUGGUACCAGUUUCUGAAUGUUGUUCUGUUUUCUACUUCUACAUGUCAUUUUUUGUCCUCAUAAAGUUCAAAUUUUUGUUUCAGGUUAACAAUGCAGGAAUUGGUGGAGCCAAUUUGGAUGGUGAUGCUUUAAGAGCUUCAGCAACAGCUGCUGAAAGGACAGGAGCAGCUAAGAUCAAUUGGGACUUGGUAAAAAUUGAUCAAACAUAUGAACUGGCUUUGGAAUGCUUGCAAACGAACUACUUUGGCACGAAAAGAAUGACGGAGGCCUUCAUCCCACUUCUCAAAUCAUCUAAAUCACCAAGAAUUCUCAAUGUUUCUUCAGCCAGGGGCAAAUUACAGAAAAUAACAAAUGAAUGGGCUAAAGGGAUAUUAAGCGAUGUUGACAACCUUACAGAAGAGAGAGUCGAUGAAGUGGUGGAUGAAUUUUUGAAAGAUUUCAAAGAAGGUUCCCUGGAAUCCAAAGGAUGGCCUUCAUCCUAUUCAGCUUACAUCGUGUCGAAAGUGGCCCUGAAUGCAUACACAAGAAUUGUGGCAAAAGAGCAGCCAAACAUGAAGGUGAAUUGCAUCUGUCCUGGUAAUGUAAGAACCGAUAUAAAUCUCCACACAGGCAUAUUGAGUGUGGAAGAAGGUGCUGAAGUGAUUGUGAAGCUUGCUCUGCUGCCUGAUGAUUGUCCUUCUGGCUUGUUCUUCAUUAGGGAAGAAGUGUCCGUUUUCUAAUCAUUGGUACUCCCAUUGUCCUCUUUUUUUCUUACUUUCGUGUGCGUGUGUGGAGGGUGGAAAUGGAGUACAUAGAUCUAGCGUUUUUUACUGUUUAUAUAGGUAAACACACAGUUGAGAUUCCAUUUUCUUGUGUAACAUUUCGCUGGAGGAAUUAUUAAUUUAAGAAGAGUUAUACUCCCCCGUUCCAAAAUUUAUUGAUUAUACUAAAAUUGAAAAUUCAAAUUUAGACAAUAAUUUUUGAAACGGGCGGAGUAUCUCAAAUUUAGACAAUAUUGCUAUAUGUCCCUUUACAAAUAGUUGUUUACUUUUGAGUAAGAUCUUUUUUAAUUUUUUAAUGUACGCAACAGGAUAUGAUUAAUAAAAGAGAUAUAUCUUGAAAUAGUACGGAUUAUGAUUAUACAUCUCUAUUGACCGUUAGAAUUAGAAAGCAUUACAUUAUUCUAACAGCUUCCCAAGGACUUAAAAUCCUGAUACAUCACGUUUUCACAGAAGCGAAUUCGAGUGAAUUGCAACAUCUUAUUAUUCCCGUCGUAGGUUAGUUCAGUGGUUAAAGACAUAAUAACAUCAUAAUUUGUUUUAUUAAUUAAGUAUUUUGAUUUUUAGAAUUAAGGCUUUGGCCUCUUUCAUUACACAUAAAAAAGAAUCGUAAUACUAGCAAGUUUACAACAUUCAACAAUUUUCAGCUAAUACUCUGAAUUAUUCCUUAGCAAAUGUCAUAAAUAAUGAAACUUAUAAAAAAAAUUGGUAAUCAAAAAAACAAUUACUUCUUAAAUUGAUUACCUCAUUGAAUCGGUCAAACAGCAAUUGAUUAGCUCAUUGUAUAUAUGCAUACAAGCGCC